AUGUUCUUGAUUGUGAAAAUCAAUAAUCAAUCAAAGCAACAAAUAAUCUACCAGGCAAGUCUAUGCAGAAAACUAGCAAUAUCCAGUAAUGUCUUCGUAAGCGCUGCAACCACCAAUCUUUAUCCAGCAGUAGGAUCUCCGUUGAUUAAUAAAGGUAUGAAUCGACUGUAUCUAGUUCUUUUUGAUUGCAAUGGUAUUGAUCGAUCUAUGUCAACACCAACUAUUGGUGCACAUGAAUAUUCUACUACAAACAAUUCUAGUUGUAUGAUAACAAACAGUGGUUCAUCUACUGCUGCAGUACCACAAUAUCUUUUAAUCCGUUGA